AUGGCGUUGAUUAACUUCAAAACUCUAUACAUUGCCCUUAUAUUAUCUUCAGCUCUGCUAAUCUCUCCAUCAGUUUCAUUAACUUGUAAUAAGCAAAAAUUUAAAAGCAACAAACUCUUUGCAAACUGCACUGAUCUUCCUGUCCUCAAUUCCUUCCUGCAUUUCACUUACAACAAUGCCAACUCAUCGCUUUCUAUCGCCUUCGUCGCCCCUCCUGCCAAACUCGACGGAUGGGUGGCGUGGGCAAUCAACCCGACAUCAACGGGCAUGAUAGGUUCGCAGGCUUUAUUAUCAUUUAAAUCGAAUGACGGUUUACUGAUUGUCAAGACUUUCAACAUAAGUAGCCACGAUCCGCCUCAGGAAUCCAAGCUCUCGUUCGAUGUUUGGGAUAUAGGCGCGGAGUCUUACGAAGGAAACAUAGUGAUAUUCGCGACGGUAAAAGUGCCUAAAAAUGCGGAAAGGUUGAACCAGGUUUGGCAGGUUGGGUCAGCUGUGAGUGAUAGUGGUGUUCCUGAGCAGCAUGAAAUGGCUGAUGCUAAUAUGAACUCUAAAGGCGUGUUGGAGCUUGUUGCUGCUGCUUCUACUCCUGGACCAUCUCAGGACAAGUCAGGAUCUAUUUCUACUGUUCGGAAGUGGAAUUCGGAUUUCAUCGUACCAUUUUUUGCUUUGAUUACUGGUUUUGUUGCAUUCUGA